CGCCAGAGACGGCGGCGGCGCGCGCACAUGGAAGGCGAACCAGCUCGCGCUCGAGCCGCUCAGAAGCAGCAGAAACGCUAAGCGGGACGGCGGGAGUGCGCGCGCGCGGCUUUAUAACGCACCGCUCGCUGCUGCUCUCCGUUUAUCUAGUUUUAUUCUUUAUCUCUGGAGAGUUCUUUCCUUUCUCGGUUAUUGAUUUAUUGUCUUUUCCUUUUUGCUUUGCACUUUUGAUCAGAUUUCCCUCCCUGUACUCUUCUCGUUACCGGAGGAUUUAACCGUGUUGCUCGUGCGCAGCGAUGGAGAAAAUGUCACGGCCCGUAAACUCCGCUUUCCUGCCUCCGACCCACGGGGUGCUGAAAUCCCUCCUGGAGAACCCAAUGAAGCUGCCAUUCCACCAUGACGAGGGUUUUGCAAAAGAGAAAGAAAAAGAGAAGAAGCUGGAGGAAGAUGGAACUGGAGCAAAUGCACCUCAGUCCGCGUUUCUUGGGCCAACCCUGUGGGACAAAACACUACCGUACGAUGGUGACAACUUCCAGCUGGAGUACAUGGACCUGGAGGAGUUCUUGUCUGAAAAUGGCAUUCCUGCCAACCCACAGAGUGAGCAGAACCAGAUUACCCAGCAGCCCCUACAGCAGAGUCCCACCAUACCCUCACCACCAUCUGUGGUUGACCUGAGCAACCGGGCCAGCACCUCAGUACACGCUGAAAUGGUGACCCAGGGCUGUCUACCAAGUCCUAGCCGAGCAGUCUUGCCAUCGAGCCGCAACACCCCGAGUCCAAUCGACCCCGAGUCCAUCCAGGUUCCGGUGAGUUACGAUCCCGACCCAGCUGAUCUGGCUCUGUCCAGCGUUCCGGGUCAGGAGAUGUUCGACCCACGUAAACGCAAGUUCAGCAUGGAGGAGCUGAAACCUCAACCCAUGAUCAAAAAAGCACGCAAAGUCUUCAUCCCUGAAGACCUGAAGGAUGAUAAGUAUUGGGCGCGGCGUCGGAAGAACAAUAUGGCGGCGAAGCGUUCCCGGGAUGCCCGACGCCUCAAAGAGAACCAGAUCGCCAUCCGAGCCGGUUUCCUGGAGAAAGAGAACGCGGCGCUCAGGCAGGAAGUGGCGGAGCUGCGUAAGGAACUGGGACGCUGCCGGAACAUUGUGGCCAAAUACGAGGCACGGCACGGCACCCUGUGAACCCGCCCCUGACCUCUGACCUCUCCUCAAGCCACACCUCCACCAUCAUAUCACCUACCGCACCACCUUCUCCAAGGACUUCUGUGUGCCACGAUUAGAGCACUCGCCUCCACCCAUCUCUCUCUCUCUCUCUCUCUCUCUCUCUCUCUCUCUCUCAGUGUGUGACAGGUGUUAGCGCUCACUAGCACUUGCUCUGUCACCUUUAUUCUUUUCUUUCCUAUCUGCACUUCUGAUUUUCACUGGAAAGUGGUGCUGAAUGUUUUCUCUUUCGCGCUCUCUCUCUAUCUCACUCUCUCUCUCCAUCCUUGCUUUUAUCGCUUCUCCUCAUGCUAACACACACCAGCGUCGUUUUAUUUUUAUUCUCACCAUCGUGCAUCGUCCUCUCAGAGAGCAAUAACUCCAAUACACAAAAAGAACCAAGAACGCAGUGCUAACCGACUCUUACUUUCUCUCUCUCUGUCUGUCGUCUAGUUCAGUGUAGUGUAGUGUGUGUGUGUGUGUGUGUGUGUGUGUGUGUGCGUGUGUGUGUAAAAUAGAUUUAUAUAUAAACCGUGCGUUCAUACUAACUAGCAACAAAGCAGAUUUCCCGUGGAAGUUUGUGAGAUGCAUUUAUGACGACAAUCAACAAAGUUACGAUUUUAAAUUGUUGAAUAAAAAUUAGCCAGGUAAUUCCACUUCCUGUCUGUGUUCGGUUGCUAUGGCGCUUAUUUUCAGGUUGUUUGUUGCACUAUUUAUUAGAAAUAGCUUAGCUAACCAUUAGCCAGGCUAGCUUAUUGUUCAUUGUUUAAUAGCAUAGAGAUUUAAACCCUUACAGCAAAAAAUCAGAAUGAUGCUACAGCUGCUCUAAUGCUAGCAAGAUAUAGUGCUGCUAGCUAGCUAGUGGUUUCUAUUUUCAUAGCAAAAUACUGUUUUCAGCAUGCUAGUCAGUUUAGCUGGUAAAUACUCAGCUGUUCUUUAACUCCACGUUCAAUAAAAACCCCUUAUAGUUUAUUUCCUGUAGUGUUUUUGUGGUUCUGCUAACUUUGGGAAACACUUAUUGUAGAUAAAAUAUUUUGAAAGAUAUUUUAAAAGUUAGAAACAGUGUAUCCAGAGCAGGUCAGGUGCAAACCUAGCUAGCUUUAGCUUUAAUUUAGCUUUACUUUAGCUGUAAUGUUGCAAAAUAAAAGCAGCAUGUUUACAUAGAAGGUUCCCCUCAGAGCACACGGCUAACAAAUGCACAUGUGAACUCAUGCUAGCACACCUGUCAUCCUCCUCAUCUCUCUCUCUCUCUCUCUCUCUCUCUUUCUCUCACAAGCUGCACUAAAGCGUCUUUCACAAUCCGAUCUCUGGGUGCGAGUCUACUUUCUGUACCAGGAAUCUGAUCUAUUUAUGGACUGGUUGUUUUUUUACUUUGCACUUAUUAAUGUUUGAUGUUAUUAUAUUAAUCUUCUUCUCCGUAUAAUGAUCUUUAUCUGCUUUUCUUUAGAUACAUGAAGGCAAAGUUACGCCGUUCUCCAGACUGUAAAACGAUGUCAUAUUAGCGACCUAUAUUAUAUACUUCCAGUCUAACAGAAUCAGACGCAUUAGUGAGUGUGUGACGCUAGAUCGUUCUGCAUCAGCACAUGACUGGGUCUUUUUACACCUGGUCACUUCAUGUGUUUUCUGUGAUCAGAUAUCUACCCGAUGGUAAAAAGACCAGGUCUAAAUGCCCUCCGAAACGUUUUGGAGACGGAUAUAAAUCCGACAGUACAAACCACUUCAGGAGGUGGUCUGGGACGCAUUUCAGAUGAAACUGGACUGGUGUAAAUGAAUGUGGUUGUUCAAGCCACAUACGUCAGCGCUAUACUUCUCCCAAAUGGAAGUACGUCACUCGCAGGUGACUCACGAGUCGUGUAUCGCGUCAGAAACAAAUAACACGGACGACACGCAGGCACUUAUUGCUCUUUGAAGCGAUGAAAGCGUCCAACAAAAGCUUUGUAAAACAUAUAGAAACAAAAGUAUAUUUAAGUAUUUACACCAAAGUGUGUUCCAUUUCAAUUACCCCGGAAAUGAGGUAAAAUAUAUUAGCAUUUUGGGCGGGAGUAGAAAGUUCGGAUCGAUAUCCGAUUCGCCGAGACGUAUUUAUGUGGCCUAAUGUAAAUGGAACAGUUUUAACAAAUCAGACAGCUAUCGGAUCAGAGAAAACACAUGAAGUGACCAGGUGUAAAAAGGCCCUAUGAAGGAGAAAUAAAACUGAAAGGUGUUUUUGAUCAUUUGAAAGUUGUUUUCCUUUUCCAUAUGAAAUAAACUAGCUGGCUAACUAGCGUGAGGAAGAAGGACACUGCUAGCCAAACAAUCCUGCUGUAAAUUGAUAGCUAACUGCAUGCUAACAGAGCAGGAGUCAGAUAUAUGCUAAUGCUGAUGCUAAGACUAAAGCUGGAGCGAUGUACAGUCUGGAGAACGUGUUUGUUUUCUUUCUUCGCUCCUCUGCACUUCUUCCCUCGGUUGCUCUUUUCUUUCCUGUUUCCUGUCGAGUUUUUUCUGUUUCCUGUACAGAUGUGUGACGUCUUCUCUCCUAGCUUUACCUCGGUUCUCUCUCGUCUCUCAGAUGGCUGUGUUGAAUGUAUGCCGAGUUUUUCUCUUUAUUUAGUUUUUCUUGUUUUUUUUUUUUUUAGAGAUCGCUAGAUGACGUUGUCUGUGAUUAGCAUGGCUAACGCAAUCAGUUUGUUUACUACAGACCAAAACGUGUGGGACAAACACACACACACACACACACACACACACACACACAAACAAACACUAAUAACAGAGCUAUAUUGGUUAAAACAGAGAUGUUAAUGUUUAUACAGAAUAUUCUAGAGUUCUAUGUUUGUCUUUUUGUACAGUAUUUUUCUUAUUCCGGAGUAAAAGGCACAACAGGUUCAGAGUCAUACGUAAACCUCGACAUAAAACAUAAUCUAUUUACACAAAUAUAUAGAAAUAAAGCUCUAUAUCUGUUCCUCAGAGGUAAGCUAGCGUUGCGUUUUGUGAGCGAAUCAGGGGACGAUAUUAAAACUCUUCAAAACGCAAAGUCGGAUUUUGCCUUUUUUUUUUUGUAAAGUGUGAAAAGAAAUGUGAUUAUAAAUAAAAGAACUGAUUUAUUA